UUGGUCAGGACGCGAUUAGAACAAAGAGGAACGGAGAGUCAUCUUGACAGUUGUGUUACUCUUCGGGUCGGACGGUGACUGGCCUGCCGACGUGGCGGAGCGGAAGAGGCGACGCCGGCUGGUACCAAAUUGACCACCAUGGCCGAGUCCGCCCCCUGUGAUGCAGCACCUGAACGUCCCCCACACUGUGAUCUCAGCUGCAGCCAUGAUGUCCCAGAAAACGUCACAGCAUCAUCAGAACACCUGCAGCCUCCUCAGACCCUUGAGAGCUUGCUGCAGACUUCAGAGGAUGUCAAUGAGAGUCCAAUGUCUUCUGAGAGUCCAUGGAAAGAGUCUAAGGGUCAGCUGACCGAAUGUGACCAACCAGUGAGCCUGGAAGCAGAUGCAGUGGAGGAGGAUGAAGUGGAGCAGGAGAAAGUUUGGGGAGGUUGGGGCUCAUGGGGCAAAUCUCUCCUGAGCAGCGCUACCUCUACAGUGGGUCACAGUCUGACCUCUGUCAAGGUGAAGGCAGGAGAGGCUCUGCGUCUCCACAGGACCUCCGUGGGAGAGGAGGCCAGAGAAAGAGAGGAGGACACAUGGGAGGAUAAGCCAGGAGGUGAAAGCGUUGAGCUGGCCGAAUCUGAAGAAGCCAUCACCACCGUCACCAACAGGGGCGUCUUCUCCGCCAUCUCCAAUGUUGUGCAGAACACGGGUAAAUCUGUGAUCAGUGGUGGUCUUGAUGCUUUGGAAUUCAUUGGAAAGAAGACCAUGACUGUGCUGGCUGAGAGUGAUCCAGGUUUCAAAAAGACGAAGACCCUGAUGCAGAAGACCGCAUCUCUGAGUCAGAUGCUGAAGGAAGCCAAGGAGAAGGAGCGAGCACGUCUGAGCAACCAGCCCAUCAGCGCACCUACAGCUCAUUACGGGAUUCUUUUUGAUGACUACCAGGGCUUGUCCCACCUGGAGGCCCUGGAGAUCCUGUCCAACGAGAGCGAGGCCAAGGUUCAAGCUUUCCUCUCCUCCCUUGGGGAAGAGGAGCAGGAGGAGAUGAAGAAGGAGCUGAUUUUCAUCAAGGACGUCUUUGUGCAGAGGGAAGGAGAGGAAGAGGAGGAGGGGAAAAGAGAGCAGGCAAAGGAAGUUGAUGAAGAGUUUCUGAGUGUUCUCACUGAGUUGCUCUUUGAGCUUCAUGUUGCUGCUACACCUGACAAGCUUAAUAAGGCUCGGAUGAGUGCCCACGAUUGGGUGAGCAAGGUGGAGCAGCCCGUCACUACGGAGACGGUUGGCAAGGAAACACAGGACCAACCAGGAGGGGAGGUCUCGUUGGGAGAAGAGGUUGGAGAGGAGAGGAGGGGAGAUGAGGCAACACAGGAGGAGGAGGAGAGGCAGGAAGAGGGUGGGCUUAAAUUUGUGGAGUCUGUCUACUUGUCAUCAGUAGGCAGCCUGGCUGAAGUGACAGCCCGCAGUAUUGAACAGCUCCACAAGGUGGCAGAGCUCAUCCUCCACGGGCAAGAACAAGAGAAACUAGCCAGGGAUCAAUCACAUAUCCUCGCCAGGUUGACAUGCGCCAUGUGUAAAGAAGUGGAGUGUUUGGCCAAAAAGUUCUCUGACACGCUGCUUCUCGUCGGGUGUCAGAGGAAAGCAGAGGAGCUCAAUCCAAUGGUGGACAGUGUGCUGCUGGAGGGCACCAACAGUACCAACUACAUCCAGAAUGCAUUUCUGCUCCUGCUGCCCAUCCUGCAGGUCGCCCACAUUGAGAGCCAGCGCUGCAGCACCUGCACAGAAACAGCAGAAGCACAUGUGCAGCACUAACACACACACACACACACACGUGCGCGACCUGCUCAUCCACUUGCCUUAUGUAUGCAUUGUACAGAAAAGAUACUUUUGCCUCCACAUUAAGUGCUUCAAACUACAUGACAUUUUAGUUAUUUAUGUGUAUAAUAUAAAGCUAAGAGUUCCAUUACAGUUCCAUUUCCCACUUAGCUUUCUUGUUGCGUCUCUGAAAUGUGUUUGUCACGUAUAUUUAUAGGUGUGUGAUGAGCUACAGAAUGUUCUUUCCAAAAACUUAACCAAAAAUUGUUGCUGUUUACAUUUAUAUAUAAAUACAGUAUAUUAGGCAGUCUUUGCACUCUUACCCUAACCCUAUCUAACCUUACUCCAACCCUAACCCUGAGUUAUUGUUUGACACAAAAGAAAUACUAUAAUGCCAGUAUCCGUCUUAAAUUACAAGACAAUUGAUACUACACCGGCAGCAACGGCUUGAAGAAACCGGUGAAUAUGUAUCUCCUACAGUACAUGUGCGCAUUUUACUCAAUGUUAUUCUAAUACCAACAGAACAGGCAUUUAUUCCUUUACAAGCAUUGAAACUUAAACUGUCCUGCCCACAACAUACUGUAACUACACAUGCAACGUGAUUUGUUAUGUGUGAACAAUAUAUUCAUUUACUACGAACAGCUGCUGUCUGACUGAAGUCCCAAAGACUGUUUCUUGUUGAAAAUGAAGACGCUUUAAUCCUUA